AUGGCACAAUUGCGGGUUAAUACCAAAACUAGCGAGAAUGGUUGGUCAGGUGGUGGUGGUCGGAGGUUGUGGCUGCAGUUUCAGUUAGCGGAAGUUAAAAAAUUUGAUCGAGAAUUGCACUUAAUUGACGAAACAGUUACUAAUUUAGUUCUUAUUUUUAAAAAAUUUAAAAAAACACUGGAUCUGGAAGGAGCUCCAUUAGAUCACCUGCCUGCAGAAGUGGGGAAUUUGUGGCAUUUGAGAUACCUAAGCCUAAGAAAGACAAAAGUGAAGAAACUUGCAAAAUCCAUCGGCAGACUCUGCAACUUAGAGACGUUGGAUUUAAGGCAAACCCCGGUAUAUGAUCUUCCAGUUGAGAUCAAUAGGCUACUGAAACUUCGACAUUUACUAGCAUUUUUUAUCAAUAUAAAUGAUGAACCAGAUCCUAAUUUUCAACGUGGUGUGAAGAUGAAUGGUAGCAUUGGGAGUCUAAAGUCUAUACAAAAGCUCAGUUACAUUGAAGUAGAUCAGGACACUGGCUUAAUUCAGCAGGUCGAAAAGCUGACGCAAUUGCGGAAAUUGGGGAUCAAAAAACUGAAAAGAGAAAGUGGGGUUGAAUUGUGCAGUGCAUUGGAGAAGAUGCCCCAUCUUUGUACUCUCAGGAUAUCUUCACUAAAUAAGGAGGAGUUUCUUGAUUUACAAGCAUUGUCUUAUCCUCCUCCUCUGCUUCAGCGUCUCAGCUUAAGUGGGCCGUUAGUAGAGUUGCCGCAUUGGAUAACCAAACUCAGGAGUUUGGUUAGAAUCCAAUUAAACUGGUCGAGAUUGCUUGAUGAUGCAUUGCAAAUCCUUCAAGAUUUUCCGAAUUUACAAGAACUAGGGUUUUACGAGGGAUACAAUGGAGACGAGUUGCAUUUCAAGAACGGAUACUUUGGAAAACUGAAGGUGCUCUAUCUUAGGGGCUUAAUUGGGUUGAACAAACUGACUAUAGAUGAAGGAGCACUGCCCCUUCUGGAGAAACUAAGUAUAGGGCCUUUUCCUAAGUUCAACAAAAUACCCUCUGGAAUCCAUUUUCUGAGAAAUCUAAAAAGGCUAAAAUUAUUUGACAUACAAACACAAAUUGUACUUGGAAUUCUACCAGAUAAUGGACAUGACUAUUGGAAAGUUGAGCAUAUAGCAAUUGUUAAUUUAUAUUAUAAGAUUAAAGGAGAGCGAUACCGUAGCUACAAGCUUGGCGAUUCCGACUUGUUUAAACGCUUGGAGAGCAUUGAAGAGUGAUGUUCUUCCACAAGUCCCUUGCAGCUUGACUCAUAUUACAUUUACAGGGCAUAUUAAUCGACAACGAAGGAUGGGACAGCAAAGUCUAAUCAGAGAGCAGCCCUGCAGACUCGAUAGCGUAAAAUGCCGGUAAUUGAUAUUUUCUUACUGUAUCUGUCAAAGCAUGCAAAGCACUCCAAUUGAAUUCUGUUUAAAUGAUUCAGAUGUACUUUAUCUAUUC